GCGUGCGCGUUACGCACCCCCCUUCGUUGUCGCACUGCAGAACCUCUCUCUCCCUACACUCUUUUUUUGAGUCUUUGCGUUGUUUCAGUUCUUAUCCUGAGUUGCAGCAAGUCAGAAUCUGACAAGCCCUAAUUCCAAAGUUCGAUCCUAUCAUCUCUCUUAUUUCUUUCUCAAUAGAAACCGUCUCUUGAAAUUUGAUUUUUCUUCCACAAAACCCUAGUUAUAGUUACCUCGAUUGUCUCAUCUGCGUCUCAUCUUCUCAAAUCAAAACCCUAGUUCAUAUUUCCCGAGCUUCGAAUAUCAAAAUCAAAAUUCAUACCCUCUGAUCUUCGAGAAUUGAAUCAACAAAAUCCGUGGUUUUACAGGAUUUGGAAAUCAGAAGCGCAAUAGUUGCAAUCUUUUAGAUUUGGAAGUCAAAGCUCCGUGUUGACGGAUUCUCCAUCUCGGUUGUAUUUGGGACGGCGAUUAGAUGUUAACUCGUAUUUGAAUUUCAAUUCGACUACGUAUACGGUAAAAUUUGGGCCUCUUGCCUCUUUAUCUUUGAGUUGUUUUGUUUGAUAGAUGAUUCAAAUCUUGCAACUCUUCUGGCAUGUUUGUCCUCAUCAUUUCAUUCAUUGACAAAUUAUUCAUAGUUGAGUGUUGAUAGUUUUGAUAGUUUUAAUAGUUUACGUUAUUACAAAAAUGUCGGUGGAGAGAUCAUUUGAAGCAUGGGAAGAGGUUCAGAGGCAUGGCCAAGAUUUAGCCGACAGGCUUGCUCAGGGUUUUACCGGAUUAAUUCAUUCUCACAUUAAUCCUCCAUCAUUUUCAUGGCCGAAUCCCCAAAAGGGAAUGUUUUUUGAUGUCGACUUCCCGAGCCAGAGUUUGGCAAAAGGGGAUUUUGGGCGUGUAACUCAUAAUUCUGGAAUCAAUGGGGUUUCGGCAAUUUUUGAUAUCGGGAACAGGUUAGGGCAAGCUGGGGCGGACUUUGGAGCUUCUUUGAAUGGUGUGGUUCAGCAGUUUUUCAGGAGAUUGCCGGUACCCUUUCGGCAAGAUGAGAAUUCAGUUGCAUCACUGCGGACAGAGCUGAAUAGCCAAAGAACGAAUAUGGGUAUAACCAUGCAGGAGGAUUUGGGAUCCCUUGCGGAGAGUUUUAGGGAUUCUGGGUUUGCUGAAAAUGAUACGGUUUCAAAUGGGUCUAUGGAUGAGGAGAUUCCGGGUUUCAAUUUAAAAACAUCAGGCCAUUUUGGUAGACCACAGGGUACCAUUAAUGUUACAUCAACGUAUGACAGUAGAACACGUGAUGUGGAAAGUUCUUUGGUUGCAAGGGGAGACUUAUGGAGAGUAGAGGCGUCGCAUGGUAGUUCUACCUCUGGAAAUGAGAAUUCAUCCGUCUUCCUUGUCCAGCUAGGACCAUUACUUUUUGUUCGUGAUUCAACACUUCUUUUGCCAGUCCAUCUAUCAAAGCAGCACUUACUUUGGUAUGGUUAUGAUCGAAAGAAUGGAAUGCAUUCUCUUUGUCCAGCGGUGUGGUCAAAGCACAGAAGGUGGCUGUUGAUGUCAAUGAUCUGUCUCAAUCCUUUGGCAUGUUCAUUCAUGGAUUUGCAGUUUCCAAAUGGCCAGUUCACCUACGUAUCUGGUGAGGGCCUGUCAACCAGUGCUUUCCUACCCUUUUGUGGGGGUCUCCUUCAAGCUCAGGGUCAAUAUCCAGGGGAGAUGAGGUUCAGUUUCUCUUGCAAGAAUAAGUGGGGAACUCGCGUCACACCAACAGUACAAUGGCCUGAUAAAUCAUUUACAAUGGAUCUUGCACAAGCUUUAGCCUGGAAGAGAUCUGGUCUCAUGGUGAGGCCAACCAUCCAAUUCAGUGUAUGCCCUACCUUUGGUGGAAGCAACCCUGGGUUGCGAGCUGAACUUAUAAAUACUGUGAAGGAGGAGCUGAGUCUGAUCUGUGGUUGUGCGCUUGUGACACAUCCUACUGCAUUUGCAUCAGUAUCUCUUGGCAGGUCCAAGUGGAAUGGAAAUCUUGGAAGCUCAGGGAUGGUUGUGAGAGUUGAAAUUCCUCUUGGCAAUGUUGGCACGCCUGCCUUCUCUGUUCAGCUGAAUAGUGGUAUUGAGUUUUGAUAACGUCUCCUGUUUAAUUUGCAGUAAAGUGUAUAUAGCCUCCAGCCCCAAAAUAUACUGAUUGAUUGUGUAUAUACCAACCAGUGUACAAAUAAAUCCCCAAUUGUUCUCUUUCACCAUGUCAAUUCUGCUUGGACUAUGGAUUUUUGUUACAGGGAGCAGUUUUAGUACAAGGGAAGGACAUAAGAAAGGAUUGUUAUGUCCUAUGGGUAAUGAAUGAAUCUGAGUCCUCGUUUUUAGCGUAGUUUCUGAUUUAAAA